GCCGCCCCAGCUCUGGCUCCUCUCCCCGGAACAGGCCCCCGACAGCUGCUCGCGGGAGCCGCCUCCCGACACCCGAGCCCCGCCGGCGCCUCCCGCUCCCGGCUCCUGGCUCCCUCCGCUCCCCCUCCCCUCGCCCCGCCGCCAAGGAGGCCCUACUCCGGGCUCGGACGCCUGGUUCUGCGGUUCUGCUGGGAAGAGCGAUGAGAGAGAUGCUGCCCCCACCCCCUUAGGCCUGAGGGAUCAGGAGCUAUGGGGCCAGAGGUCCUCUCAUCUCUACUGCUGCUGCUACUGCUCUUGGUAGCAACUGGAGAUGCUGACAUGAAGGGACAUUUUGACCCUGCCAAGUGCCGCUACGCCCUGGGCAUGCAAGACCGCACCAUUCCAGACAGUGACAUCUCUGUCUCCAGCUCCUGGUCAGACUCCACUGCUGCUCGCCACAGCAGGCUGGAGAGCAGUGAUGGGGAUGGGGCAUGGUGUCCUGCGGGGCCAGUGUUUCCCAAGGAGGAGGAGUACCUACAGGUGGAUCUACGGCGGCUACACCUCGUGGCUCUGGUGGGCACCCAGGGACGCCAUGCUGGGGGCCUGGGCAAAGAGUUCUCCCGCAGCUACCGGCUGCGUUACUCCCGGGACGGCCACCGCUGGAUGGACUGGAAGGAUCGCUGGGGUCAGGAGGUGAUCUCAGGUAAUGAGGACCCUGGGGGAGUGGUGCUGAAGGACCUUGGGCCCCCCAUGGUGGCCCGCCUGGUUCGCUUCUACCCCCGGGCUGACCGUGUUAUGAGCGUCUGUCUGCGAGUGGAGCUCUAUGGCUGCCUCUGGAGGGAUGGACUUCUGUCUUACACAGCCCCUGUGGGGCAAACGAUGUACUUAUCUGAAGCCGUGCACCUCAACGACUCCACCUAUGAUGGAUAUACUGUUGGCGGGCUGCAGUAUGGUGGUCUGGGCCAGCUGGCAGAUGGUGUAGUAGGGCUGGAUGACUUUAGGCAGAGCCAGGAACUUCGAGUUUGGCCAGGCUAUGAUUAUGUGGGAUGGAGUAACCAUAGCUUCCCCAGUGGCUAUGUGGAGAUGGAGUUUGAGUUUGAGCAGUUGAGGGCCUUCCAGGCCAUGCAGGUACACUGUAACAACAUGCACACACUGGGAGCCCGCCUGCCAGGCGGGGUGGAGUGUCGCUUCAAGCGGGGCCCUGCCAUGGCCUGGGAAGGGGAGCCCAUGCGCCAUGCCCUGGGAGGCAGCCUAGGGGACCCCAGAGCCCGGGCUAUCUCAGUGCCCCUAGGUGGCCGAGUGGGUCGCUUUCUGCAGUGCCGCUUCCUCUUUGCGGGGCCCUGGUUACUCUUCAGUGAAAUUUCCUUCAUCUCUGAUGUGGUAAAUGACUCCUCUCAGGUUCUGGGGGGCACCUUUGCACCAGCCCCCUGGUGGCCUCCUGGCCCACCUCCCACCAACUUCAGUAGUUUGGAGCUGGAGCCCCGGGGCCAGCAGCCUGUGGCCAAGGCAGAGGGGAGCCCAACUGCCAUUCUCAUAGGCUGCCUGGUGGCGAUCAUCCUGCUGCUGCUGCUUAUCAUUGCCCUCAUGCUCUGGCGGCUGCACUGGCGCAGGCUCCUCAGCAAGGCUGAGCGACGGGUAUUGGAAGAGGAGCUGACAGUUCAUCUCUCUGUUCCCGGGGACACCAUCCUCAUCAACAAUCGCCCAGGUCCCCGAGAACCACCCCCUUACCAGGAGCCCCGGCCUCGUGGGAAUCCACCCCACUCUGCUCCCUGUGUCCCUGGUGGCUCUGCGCUGCUGCUCUCCAAUCCAGCCUACCGCCUCCUUCUGGCCACUUACGCCCGUCCCCCUCGAGGCCCGGGCCCCCCCACACCCGCCUGGGCCAAACCCACCAACACCCAGGCCUGCAAUGGGGAUUAUAUGGAGCCUGAGAAGCCAGGUGCCCCGCUUCUGCCCCCACCUCCCCAGAACAGCGUCCCCCAUUAUGCCGAGGCUGACAUUGUUACCCUGCAGGGCGUCACCGGGGGCAACACCUAUGCUGUGCCUGCACUGCCCCCAGGGGCAGUUGGGGAUGGGCCCCCCAGAGUGGAUUUCCCUCGGUCACGGCUCCGCUUCAAGGAGAAGCUUGGCGAGGGCCAGUUUGGGGAGGUGCACCUGUGUGAGGUAGAGAACCCUCAAGAUCUGGUCAGUCUUGACUUCCCCAUCAAUGUACACAAGGGACAACCCUUGCUGGUAGCUGUCAAGAUCCUACGGCCAGAUGCUACCAAGAAUGCCAGGAAUGAUUUCUUGAAGGAAGUGAAGAUCAUGUCACGACUCAAGGACCCUAACAUCAUCCGGCUCCUGGGUGUGUGUGUGCAGGAUGACCCCCUGUGCAUGAUUACUGAUUACAUGGAAAAUGGAGACCUGAACCAGUUUCUCAGUGCCCAUCAGCUGGAAGACAAGGCAGCCGAAGGGGCCUCCAGGGAUGGGGAGGCUGCCCAGGGGCCCACCAUCAGCUACCCGAUGCUCUUGCAUGUGGCAGCCCAGAUCGCCUCAGGCAUGCGUUAUUUGGCCACACUCAACUUUGUACAUCGAGACCUGGCCACACGGAAUUGCCUGGUUGGGGAAAAUUUCACCAUCAAAAUUGCUGACUUUGGCAUGAGCCGAAACCUCUAUGCUGGGGAUUAUUAUCGUGUGCAGGGCCGGGCAGUACUGCCCAUCCGGUGGAUGGCCUGGGAAUGCAUCCUCAUGGGGAAGUUCACAACGGCCAGUGACGUGUGGGCCUUUGGGGUGACUCUGUGGGAGGUGCUGAUGCUCUGUAGGGCCCAACCCUUUGGGCAGCUCACCGACGAGCAAGUCAUCGAGAAUGCUGGGGAGUUCUUCCGGGACCAGGGACGACAGGUGUACCUGUUCCGGCCACCUGCCUGCCCACAGGGCCUGUAUGAGCUGAUGCUUCAGUGCUGGAGCAGGGAGCCUGAGCAGCGACCCCCUUUUUCCCAACUGCAUCGGUUCCUGGCAGAAGAUGCACUCAAUACAGUGUGAAUCACAACAUUCAGCUGCCCACCCCCUUGGGGAGAAACCAGUGAUACUAAAACAAGAGGAGCCUAUGGUAUCCCCAUUUCAUCCUCUUCCAGCUGCCCAGCACCAAGAGAGGCAGUGUGACAACAGGUGGGCUGGGCCUGCCCAGGGAGCUGAUAACUCCAUUUUCAGUGGACAUAUGCUCAUGUCCAUGUCCUGUUUCUCCUUCCAUCUCCUCCUUAGAAGCUCCUGCCACCCACCCAGCUGGCCCUAUGGAUGGGAUCCUCUCUGACUUCUUUCACCAUCCUUUGGGGAAGGGUGGGGACAAAUGCAGGGCAGACACUGGACAUGGCCUAUUGAACACCUGGGUCCCACUGGAUAACACUGGUUCCUGAGGAGUUGGCUGUGUCCCCAGCCUCUCUCUUCCUGUCACACACUGGACCCCACUGGCUGAGAAUUUAGGGGGUAGAAAGGACAAGUAGGGAAGAAAGCUGUUCCCUGAGCCUACCCCGGAACUGUUCUCAGCUUUGGCUUCCUCCUCCAUCCCCAAUACACUGGACCUGGGGAUUCCCUACUACCCACCUGCCAUCUGUGUGUAGCUAGAACUUCUCUAAACCUGUAUAUUUCUGUGGAGUAAACUGGGAUUAGGGGAAAAGAGGGAGUGAUGGCCUUUGGCCUUGGGGUUGGACAUCUCUAUUAGCUGCCAAAAUGGUUUUUCUAUAAUCACUUGGGGUUUGUACAUUUUUGGGGGGAGAGACACAGAUUUUUACACUAAUAUAUGGAUCUAGCUUGAGACAACUUUAAUCCCCUGCAUUAGGCAGGAAAUAAUAAAGGUUGAAUUUUCCACA